AUGUCCAAGAUAUUCAGGGAGCGGGCGCUGCCAGACCUGGGGGAUGUCGGGUCGUGGGAGGCGAUGGGCGUGCAGGCGGCGGACGUGGCAGACAAAGUCGAGCUCUGGCCGGUGCUGGACAGGGUUCCGAGCUCCUUCCAAGGGCUCUGCUGGCGGGACGGGGGCAACGGGGGUGGUGUGCGAGGGACGCGCUUCAACGCCGCGAGGGUGUGGAAGGAUGGGCCUGGUGCUGGCCGUGAUGCGCUUCCCAACUCCACUGGAACGGCCGUGGACGGUGAGCAAGAGGCACAGGAGGCAGCGAGCGACACGCGGGAAAUGCGAGGGGCGGCGCGAGAUACAGCGUCGAGGCAGGUUCAGGCAGAGACCUGGCGUUUGUCGGGUUUCAUCAUGGGCGGUGCUCUCCUAUACACGCUGGAGCAGCCCUGGGAGCUAUUACUGCCGUCCCCUUUCCGCGCCUCUAGUCUCCAGCCCGUGCCACCUCCAGGAUGGGCGCCAUCUCGGUGCCCCUUGGCCCGCCAGCGCUGCUGUAUUAUUGGAAUAUUGGAAUUCGACGGCCUAGCUGCACUCGACGCGACUGACAGCUGCGUACCCGUUGGACGCAGCCCGCCAGAGACAGCUACGAGACACCGCAAAUGA